GCCACCCCCCAUGCCCAUGGGGGGCAAGGCAAGGCAACCCCCCAACUCACUUUCGUGCACAGCUCACUUUCCAGCGCGGUUCGGCUCGCUCGCCAGCCAGCCUACGGUCUCCUGCCCGACUGCCUCCCUCCCUCCCCCCCUCGCCAAACCGAGCUCCGUCAUCAUGCCGGCUCCGCUGUUGCAUGGAUCCAUGGCGCUCCCCCACCCCCGCGCCGCCGCCUAUGUAUAGUAGCCUUCCUUGCUAGCCCAUCAUCGAUCCACUCAUCCAUCCUCUCGUGUCUCUCAGUUCGUCGUAGAUAGUGAGGGGCAGACAGGAUGCAGGACCUGUUCUCGGUGCCCUCCUGCUUCUCGUCCGGCGAGAAGCAGCUGCCGGACGCGCCGGCGUCCGCGGCGCCGGCGACCAGGUCGGGGCAGAGCGCGGUGACGCUGGUGUACCGCGCGGUGAUCUCCGGGCAGAGCCGGCUGGUCACCGUGACGUGGUGUAGGAACCUGCUCGCCCACGGCAUGCAGGUGUCCAUCGAGGGGUCGGCCGGCGGCGGCAAGGACAAGAGCGGCGGCGGCGGGGGCAGGGAGCACGCCAGCGGCGGCGGCAUCGAGGGCGGCGGCGACAAGAGCUGCAGCGCGUGCAAGGUGGAGAUGCAGCCAUGGCACUUCUGGCGCAAGUACGGGGCCAAGCAGUUCCAGGUGGACGGCCGGCCGGUCGACGUGGUGUGGGACCUGCGGGCCGCGCGGUUCUCCGACGAGCCGGAGCCGGUGUCGGACUACUACGUGGCGGUCGUGUCCGGCGAGGAGGUGGUGCUGCUGCUCGGCAACCAGAACAAGGAGGCGUUCCGGCGGACGGGGGCCCGGCCCUCGCUGUCGCUGGGGGACGCGGCCAUGGUGUGCAAGAAGGAGCACGUGUUCAGCAAGAAGCGGUUCCUGACCCGGGCGAGGUUCCACGAGAAGGGCAAGCUGCACGACAUCAGCAUCGAGUGCAGCAGCGGCAACCUCGGCGGCGGCACGGACGUGGACAUGGCCAUCAAGAUCGACGGCUGCGUCAACGUGCUCGUCAAGCACCUCCAGUGGAAGUUCAGGGGCAACGACUGCAUCUCCAUCAACAAGAUGAAGGUGCAGGUCUACUGGGACGCCCACGACUGGCUCUUCGGCACCGGCAUGCGCCAGGCCCUCUUCAUCUUCAAGCCCCAGGCCCCCUCGCCGUCACCCGACUUCGACGCCGCCAUCGCCGCCGACGAGUUCUCCGAUUUCUGCCUCUUCCUCUACGCAUGGAAGAUCGAAUGAGCUCGCUCGCUCGCUAGCUAGCUAGAUGUUCUUACCUACAUUCGUUUGUUACUACCGCCACAUUACAGAGCGGAUGAUGAUGGACAUUUCACCAUGUUGUGAGCAACAUACUACUACCAUGUAAUGUAACGAUGUGCGAGUGUGUAAGAGGGGAGUGAAUGUCUGUCUGAUUGAGGUUGAGGCCAUGCCAUUCUCUUCUGUUC